CCUCAAUAUCUUCUCACCGGAGACGACAAUGAUUCGGUACCCCGCCGGUGCGCUGCUCUUUCUGGUGCUGUCGAUCGUCGCCGUCGACGUCGAGAGCCGGAACGCCGUUGAUGAUGUGCUGAAAUUGCCUUCGGAAGCUGCGAGAUUCUUCCGUCCAAAUGAUGUUGGUAACGCCGUUGAUGAUGACUCUGUGGGAACCAGAUGGGCGAUCCUGCUUGCUGGAUCAAAUGGAUACUGGAAUUACAGGCACCAGGCAGAUGUAUGCCAUGCCUAUCAACUCCUCAAGAGAGGUGGUCUCAAAGAUGAGAAUAUCAUUGUUCUCAUGUAUGAUGACAUUGCUUACAAUGAAGAGAACCCUAGGCCUGGAGUCAUCAUAAACAGCCCACAUGGUAGUGAUGUUUACAAAGGAGUACCAAAGGAUUAUACCGGGGAUGAUGUUACUGUACACAAUUUUUUUGCAGUUCUACUUGGAAACCAAACUGCAGUUAAAGGGGGCAGUGGGAAGGUCGUGGACAGUGGUCCAAAUGAUCAUAUUUUCAUAUACUAUUCUGAUCAUGGCGGUCCUGGGGUGCUUGGGAUGCCUACCAGUCCUUACAUCUAUGCAAAAGAUCUGAUAGAUGUCUUGAAAAAGAAGCAUGCUUCUGGGACAUAUAAAAGCUUGGUAUUCUAUCUUGAAGCGUGUGAGUCAGGAAGUAUCUUUGAGGGUCUUCUUCCUGAAGGGUUAAAUAUCUAUGCAACCACGGCCUCGAAUGCAGAAGAGAGCAGCUGGGCAACCUAUUGCCCUGGGGAGUAUCCUAGUCCUCCCCCAGAAUAUGAUACAUGUUUGGGCGACUUGUAUAGUGUUGCCUGGAUGGAGGACAGUGACAUACACAAUCUGCGGAGGGAAACACUGCGGCAGCAGUAUGAACUGGUUAAAAGGAGAACUGCAAACGAGAACUCUAUAUAUGGUUCCCAUGUCAAGCAAUAUGGCGAUCUGCAGCUUAGCAAGGAAAAUCUUUUCCUCUAUAUUGGUACAAAUCCUGCAAAUGAUAAUUAUACUUUUGUGGAUGACAACUCCCUGCGGCUUUCUUCAAAAACAGUUCACCAACGCGACGCCGAUCUUUUACAUUUCUGGCACAAGUUCCGCAAGGCUCCUGAAGGCUCUGAUAGAAAAUUUCAAGCUCAGAAGCAGUUUGCUGAAGCUAUGUCACAUAAAAUGCACUUGGACAACAGUGUAAAUCUUAUUGGAAAGCUGUUGUUUGGAAUUGACAAAGGCACUGAGGUGUUGAAGACUAUCCGACCUGCUGGGCAGCCUCUUGUUGAUGACUGGGACUGCCUUAAAACAUUGGUCAGAACAUUCGAGGCACACUGUGGAUCCUUUUCUCAAUAUGGAAUGAAACACAUGCGCUCCAUUGCCAACAUCUGCAACGCUGGAAUUCGGAAGGAGCAGAUGGCUGAGGCAUCAGCACAAGCUUGUGUCACCAUUCGUUCAACUUCUUGGAGCUCUCUCCACAGGGGGUUCAGUGCCUGA